CGCAUUUAUUGUCGAGCCGCAGCCGCGGACUUCGUGCACGGGAACGCGCCUGGAAUUUACUCGUCUUUCAUCGCGUCUGUUUUAAACGGAGCGGAUUUAUUGUGGACACUACUCUCUCUCUCUCUCUCUCUCUCUCUCUCACACACACACACACACACACACACACACACACACACACACACACACACACACACACACACACACACACACGGGAUGAGUUGAUUUAAACACGUGUGAUGAUCACACUUGCGGAAAAGCUGUUUAGGAAUAUAAACACAUUACAGCGUGGAGUGUGAGCAGGACAUCAUCUUCAUCAUCAUCAUCAUCAGCAGCAGCAGCACAGCACACAUGGAAGUCAGGGUCCUGGAUAAACUGAGAUCAGACGAUUUGACUUGAAUACAGAACACCACAUCUGGAGAAAACCCGUGUUGAGCAGAAAACCAUCUCAGCCGCACAACACAUCAAACCUUGAGGUGGAUGAGGUCCAAAAAGUACCUCAGACCACAUCAGGUUCCUCACCUGCAGGAACAGGAACCUGAGACAUCGUCAUGAACACAGACUGACCAUCACUGGACAGAUUCAGACCAGAGAUAGAGAGAGACAUUAAAGCGGGAUGAAAGCAGCUGUCUGUCAUCACACCAGGAAAAACAGAAAUAAACAGUGUGUGUGAGACAGCUGAGAGGACUGGUGCAAUCUGAACAUAAUCAGACACGAUAAUGAAGAUUAAAUACACCAUUUCCUUGGUGUUCAUCGUUGCCGUGGUCAUCAUCGAGAAGGAGAACAACAUCAUCUCCAAGGUCUCGGACAAGCUCUUACUGAAGCAGACGCCUCAGACUCCAUUCCAGAUCAGCAGGUAUUUUUGGCCGUCUUUCCAAAAAAAUGGCUCCGGUGUCCAGGUCCUGUCUAAGACCGACUUCUCAUCCGAUUUGAAACAUGAAAAAUGGCAUCUGAAGAACAUCUCUGAGCCCAGCAAAGGUGGAAAACACAUACUCUUAUUGGCCACGACACGCACAGGCUCCUCGUUUGUGGGCGAAUUUUUUAACCAGCACGGCUCUAAUAUGUUCUACCUGUUUGAGCCUCUUUGGCAUGUGGAGCGCAUGCUAACUCUGGAGGGUGGAGGGACCAAUGGUACGGUUCUGACGCAGGCUUAUCGUGACAUUCUUCUUCAGCUUUUCUUAUGUGACUUCACUAUGCUGGAGACCUUCAUCGAGCCAGCACCAAAGGAUCAUGUAACAAAAGGACUGUUUCGUCGUGGGUCCAGCCAGUCCUUGUGCACUGAUCCUGUCUGCACACCAUUUGUGAAGAAGGGUUACGAGCCUUACCAUUGCCAAAACCGGCGUUGUGGUCCACUAAACCUCACGCUAGCUUCUCAGUCCUGCCUGGAGAAGGAGCACCGUGCCAUAAAGUCUGUACGAAUACGCCAACUAGAGACGCUCCAAUCAUUAGCAGAAGACCCACGACUGGAUCUGAAGGUUAUUCAGCUGGUCCGGGAUCCUCGAGCCAUGUUAGCAUCCCGCAUGGUGGCAUUCUCGUACAAAUACGAGCAUUGGAAGACGUGGACCAUGGACAGAGACAUCCCUGAGGAUGACAAUGAAGUGAGGAAGCUCAAAGGGAACUGUGAGAACAUCCGCAUGUCCGCCGAAGUGGGUCUCAAACAGCCUCCGUGGUUGCGUGGACGCUACAUGCUGGUGCGUUACGAGGACAUCGCCAUGUUUCCUAUGCUUAAAGCAGCCGAGAUGUACCGCUUUACCGGCAUCCCGUUCACCACCCAGGUGAAGGAGUGGAUCUUGAGGAACACGCAAGCAUCUGAUAAGGCUAGCGGAGUGUACUCCACCCAGAAAAACUCAUCCCAGCAGGUGGAGAAGUGGAGGUUCAGUAUGCCGUUUAAGCUCGUGCGAAUGGUUCAGAAAAUUUGUGGCCCCACUAUGAAAUUGUUUGGGUACACGUUCGCAGAAAGUGAAGAAAUGCUAACAGACAAAUCCAUCAGUUUGCUUCAAGAAAGGAAUUUCUUAUGACCAAAAGAACUUUAUUUUAUUUAUUAUGGAGAUUUGUCCAAAAACAAAGACAUAAGCUGAAAGAUCAAAUGCACAGCAACAAAGCCGUAUCACAAACAUCUCAAACCUCAUGGAGGUACGAGGAGAGAUUUAUUUGAUAGAAAUGUACAACAUUUUACUGUAGCGUAGGGCAUUGUUUUUAAUCAAUUACAAAUAUGUCAGUUCUACCUUUAAGCUAGUUCAGGUUUCAACUCUGUUACAAAUGCAAAAAGAGGCUUUCAUCCCAAAGAUGAAUAGUAAGACUAGGAGCUCCACUCAAACAGCACUCGUUACCAAAAAAUCAACCAAACAUCCUAACUCUGAUGUUGCCCUGAUCUAGGGGGUAAAUUUCUUGAUGGUUAAAAAAAAAAAAAAACAUCCUGAGCUCUUGAUUUAAACCUUGGUUACUGGUUUCCUAUAUUACCCACAAUCCUCUUACACAACCUGCUGAUAGUAGAGCUGCUGAACCUUUUCAGAUGGAAUGCUAAUGCAAACAUUUCAUUACUGUAACCAGGAAUGUUAAGUGGCUCAGUAAAUAGCUAAGGUAACAAGAUUGUUAGUUAAAGCUGUCAUCUACAGAUAGCCGAGUGGAGCAUUAAACAGGUUCACAAAUUAGCUAGCAUACAGUUACAGCAGAUUUAAAUAUCUGAUUUUUUUUUUAGUUAUGUUGUUCACUAAAUAAAUGGAUGAGAUGUGAUUUUUCAACACAGUAGCUGAAUGUUCUUGUACAUGCUAGGUCAAUGGACAAUGCGUUUGAUUUGUGCUUGCGGCUGCCAGGUAAAAAAGAAACCGUAUUUAUUUUUCUAUUUUCUGUCAACUUUCAGCUUGCUAAGUGUCUGUAUUUGGAGAGAAUUUGCAUUUGGCUUAUUUGUAAUGUGUGUGUGUGUGUGUGUGUGUGUAUGUGUGUGUGUGUUUAUACCGUGUGUGUUGGGGACAUUCUUUCUGCAGCUGGUUUGCAGAAAUGUGUGAAUUCAACGCCAGAGGUUUUCGCAACAGACGACUUUCUGUCAACACUUAUAAUUGAUGUUAAUAUGCGAAAACGUUCGUGUCCAAACCCUGCUGUGUUCCAAUUCUGUUUUAAACGUAUGCCAUGUCGCCUUCAUCGGUCCGAAAUGUGUAGCUAUCUGUAGCAAAAAACGAACAGCGUGUCGGACAGCUAGCUAAUUCACAGAAUUUCAAAUCUGUAACCAAGCUAGCUAAAUAAGUCUCGUACAAUAAAGCAGUCUGACUGUGUAACUAGCUGCUAUGCUAACUAACUAGCACAAUGUUAACUCUUAGUUACAGACAGAACUGAAGUCAAUGAUAGCGAUGAUAGUCCAUCUGUAUGUUUUGUAUGCCUGUGUUGCCUGAUUUAAGUGCUUAAAUAGCUGACCUAUAUAUAUAUAUAUAUAUAUAUAUAUAGCUAGUUAUCUGGGUAAUAGUUUCAUUUGGUAACUAGCUAAACAGUUUCACUAGUUCACCUUACAUACACUAGGUACAGGUUCCUUUCAAAUAGCUGAUUUGCUAGCCGUAUUUGUUAUCAUCUGGUUCACAAACUAACUAUGGUAUAAGCUUGUUUACUAACAAGCUAGCAUGCUUACUACCUAGAUAGCACAUUUUAGGCUGACCAACAGCUGUAAAUAAGAGAUGAAUUAAUAUUAGAAUAAUUAGCAACAUUCCUUAAUUAGCUAAUAUGCUCAUUACAGGUUAAAGGAUUAAGCAGCCGGUAUGCUACCUAUUAUGCUAAUUAUCUGUUCAGGUUAUGAACAGGCUAGAUUGCUGAUUUAUGAUCCACAUAGAGCUGUUUGAGUAAUACAAUCACUAGUUAAUGUGAAAAAUAGCCGUUUAAUGUACAUUGCUUGUUAAAAGCUAUUUUGCUACUUAGUCAGCACAAUAAAAUAAUUUUGCCUUUCCAUCAGCUGUUAAUUAGAAACUGACAAAAUAUGCUAAUUGAACAUUAUUGAACGAUGCUAAUUAUCUGGUAGCUCAUUUGCUAGCCAUCGUCAAAGUCGACAUUAUUGUGUUAUAACAGUAUCGGAACACAGCCGUGAUGGUUUUAUUUAAUGGUAAAGAAUGAUUUCACAGUCAUCUUAUUUAAACUGUGUCAUGCAUCAAAUGGUGACUUUUCAGAUUUAUAAAUUGUUUUUGUAGUUUAUUUAAUUGCAAUUUUGGAAAAUAUAUAAAGCGAAACACUAAAAUCUGA